UGUGAUCCACACAUCUUCAGUCAACUCCUUUGCAUUAUUUGCCAAUUUUCAACCCAAACAAUAUCUGAAAUUAAAACUCAAACCUUAAGAAACAGGCCGUCUUCCCCUUUUUACAUAUGGCUAUUGCCGAAAUCUUUAUAGGAGCAUUUAUUACGGUGUUGUUUGAGAAGCUGGCCUCUGCUGACUUGAUCAGGCUAGCUCGAUCUGCAGGAAUAUAUUCUGAGCUGGAGAACUGGAAAAGCACUUUGUCCCAGAUUCAAGCUGUCCUUGUUGAUGCAGGUCAGAAGCACAUCAAAGACAGUUCUGUUCAGUUGUGGCUCAACAAACUUGAGCAUUUGGCUUACGAAAUAGACGAUAUACUCGAUGAUUUGGCCACCGAAGCUAUGCAGUACCAAUUGAAAGAGACAUCUAAUGCCAAUAUUAGUAAGGUAUUGAAAGUUAUUCCAACUUGUUGUACUAGUGUCGCUCCUCAUAGCAUAAAGUAUGGUCGUAAGAUGAGUUAUAAGCUCGAUGAGAUUACAACCAAAUUGCGUGCUCUUGUUGAGGAGAAAAGUAUUCUGGGUUUGAUUAGUAAUGUUGAGAAAUCACAUAGAACAAGUAGACGAUUAGAGGAAACUUCAUUGGUUGAUGUAACCAGAAUUGUGGGUCGUGAUGAGGAUAAAGAGGCAUUGCUAAUGAAGUUGUUAGGAAACGAAUCAUGUGAUGAAAACUUCAGCAUUGUGUCCAUUGUUGGUUUGGGUGGGAUUGGCAAGACCACUCUUGCACAAGUAUUGUAUAAUGAUAAGAAAGUUAAGGAUCACUUUGAACUCAUGUCAUGGGUUUGUGUGACAGACGAGUUCGAUGUAUUUAAUAUUAGCAAGGCUAUUUUCAAAGAUGUGGGUGGGGAAGACAAAAAGUUUGAAACUCUUAAUCAGCUUCAUGUGGCCCUUUCGGAAAGACUUUCAAGUAAAAGGUUCCUACUUGUUCUAGACGAUGUAUGGAACGAAAGUUACAAUGAUUGGGAACUCCUCCAACGCCCUUUCGUUGUAGGGGCAUCCGGGAGUAAAAUAAUUGUAACAACACGGAAAACCACGGUUGCAUCUGUAAUGGACUCUGCUCAAUCUUACCCUCUCGAGCUUUUGUCAAAUGAAAAAUCUUUAUCUUUAUUUGCUCAGCAUGCAUUAGGUAAACAAAAUUUUGAUUCACAUCCAACCCUCAAAUCAUAUGGUGAAGGUAUCGUGAAGAAAUGUGGCGGAUUGCCUUUGGCUUUGAGGACACUAGGGAGGGUAUUGAGAACAAAGACGAAGAAUGAAGAAUGGGAGGAGUUGUUGAAUAGUGAAAUAUGGAAUUUGCAGAAUGAAAUUCUUCCAGCUCUAAGGCUCAGCUACUAUGAUCUCCCACCGCAUUUAAAGCAAAUGUUUGCAUAUUGUUGCUUAUUUCCUAAGGAUUACUUAUUUGACAAGGAUGAACUGGUCCUACUAUGGAUGGCAGAAGGACUUUUGCAGGAUUCGAAAGGCAGCAAGUUAAUGGAGAGCUUAGGAAGGGAGUGUUUUGAAGAGCUAGAGUCACGAUCGUUUUUUCAGCAGUCUACCAUUGAUAAAUCACGAUAUGCAAUGCAUGAGCUGAUAAAUGACUUGGCCACAAGUGUCUCAAGAGAGUUCUUUUAUACAUUUGGUGAUAUGAUAGAUGUUUACGCCAAGACUGAAGCUUUAGAGAAGUUCCACCACCUUUCAUUUAUUCGUGAACGAUAUGGAGUCUACAGAAAGUUCAAGGCAUUAAAAAGAGUUAGAUGCUUGCGAACUUUCUUAGCUAUGUCAGUUACAAAGUUGUUUACAUGGCAAAGAUUUUACUUAUCAAACAAGGUUCUUACCGAGCUAAUUCCCCAACUACAGUUCCUAAGGGUGCUAAGCCUAGCUAAUUAUAACAUUACAGAGAUACCACAAUCUAUUGGUAGUCUCAAACAUAUGAGGUAUCUCAAUUUUUCCAACACUGACAUCACAUGUUUACCCGAACAAGUCGGUGACCUUUAUAAUCUACAAAGCUUGUUGCUUUCUGGAUGUCCACAUUUAUCUAGCUUGCCAAAUAGUGCUGUAAAGUUAGUAAACCUGCGACAUCUUGACAUUAGAGAUACUCCAAAGCUAACCAAGACGCCGUUACGACUUGGUGAGUUGACAGGUCUGCAAACGCUUUCCAAAGUCAUCGUUGGAGGAGCUGAUGAGUUUAAAAUAUCUGAUCUUAAGGGCCUAUUGCAUCUUCAAGGUCAACUUUCCAUUGAAAGGCUCGAUAAAGUGAUAGAUGCAACACAAGCCAAGGAGGCAAACUUACAGCAAAAGAAGGGCCUUUGUGAUAUGGAGAUGAAAUGGAGUGAUGUCUUUGAUAGUUCUCGUAAUGAAGUGACUGAAUAUGAAGUUCUGGAAGGGCUACAGCCUUUUGAGAUGUUAACAAGCCUCAAGAUUUUGUACUAUGGUGGAAAAAAAUUUCCUAGUUGGGUCGGGGAUCCCUCAUAUGUUUUCUUAACCCAGCUUACUUUAUGUGGCUCUAGAAGUUGUAUAUGUUUACCAACACUUGGACAUCUACCGUCACUUCAGAAGUUGUUAGUUCAAAGCAUGAAUGGGUUGAAAAUAUUGGGUCCGGAGUUACUUGCACCUCUCAACUCUCCCUAUGGUGUCGCAUUUCCAUCACUUGAAGUUUUGGAAUUUAAAGAUAUGCAGGACUGGAAGGAAUGGUCAACUGGUGACAAAGAAGGAACUGCUGGAUCAUUUCCUUGUCUUCAUGAGAUGUCUAUAAUCAGUUGUCCGGCACUAGAUGUGGUGGCAGUUGAGUUAAUACCGUCACUUCGGGUUUUAGAUAUACAAGGAUGUUCAGUAUCGGUAUUGAGAAGCAUAGUUGGUCUAUCUUCAUCAAUCAAUAGAUUGACAAUGUGUGAUAUCAAAGGACUUACUCAGCUAUCUGGUGAAGUUUUAGCUCAUCUCCAGGCAGUUGAAAAUUUACGCAUUUUACAAUGUGAUGAAGUUAGACAUUUGUGGAAAUCAGACGUGGAGGCAUGUGAAAUUCUUCUGAGUUUGCAGAAGUUGGAAGUAAGUGGGUGUGUAAAUUUGUUAUCCCUGGAAGAGAAAAAGGUAAAUUCUGUGAUUAGCAUACAAUCUUUUAGAGAAGUUGAAAUUAACAAUUGUCUGAGGUUAGAGAGUUACUAUUGUCCAAAUAAUAUCGAGAAGUUAAAGAUAUCCGGUUGUGGUUCAAUUACAUCUUUGACCUUUCCAACAAAUCACAACCUUCCGUCCUCUUUGAAAAUUCUUAAUAUUGAGAAUUGUCAUAAUCUGGAGGUGAAUUGGCUUCUUAAUAACUUCUUGUCAUCGCUUGAAUCUCUUGUCAUUUAUAAAUUGCCAAAACUGAGGUUGUUCCCGGAAGGAUGCUUAGUUCACCUCACCACGUUGAUGGUUUCUAGUUGUGAUAAUUUAGAAUCUAUUCCAUGUAAAGGCUUUGGUUUUCUCCCAUUUCUUUGCCUAAGAUCUCUUUUGAUCAAUAAUUGCAAGAAUCUAAAGUCAUUUCCUCAUGAACAUUUGCAAAGUCUUGCAUCUUUGGAAUAUAUGUGGAUAAGUUACUGUCCAAGUAUUGACUACUCUUUUCCUUGUGGUUUGUGGCCUCCAAAUUUGAGCAACCUGUCAAUAGGAGGCUUAAAGAAGCCCAUUUUAGAUUGGGGGGUGCAAAAUUUCCCAACCUCUCUUGUUACUCUAAUCUUGUAUGGUGAGAACUCUGGAGUGAUUCCAUUUGCAAAUGCAGAAGAUAUGACGAAUAGCAGCAAUACUACUACGUCAUGUUUCCAUCUUCCAUCAUCUCUAACUUAUCUAUAUAUCAGUAAUUUUAUGGACAUGAAAUCACUUUCAAAGGGGAUGCAACACCUCACUUGCCUUGAAGAAUUAGUAGUUUGGUCAUGCCCAAAGCUUAGAGAUUUGCCAGAGACGCUAAUUCCUUCGCUUUCAAGUUUGUGUGUGAAUUAUUGCCCGAGACUGGGAAAAAAGUAUCGUAGUAGAAAAGGCAAGUACUGGCCCAUCAUCUCACAAAUUCCUCAUCUUGCUAUAGAAUGAUCUCCCUCGGGGGAACGAUUUAUGAAGGUGGCCAAGUCUCCAAUUUCCAUUUUAAGUACUUCAUGGCUGAAUGAUGGAGUAGAGAUAACAGGACUGCCAAUAGACAUGAUUGAUCAUUAUGAAUUGUUUUGGCUUGUAUGUUCAAGUAGUUACUGCAGUCACUUGUUAUCCAAUUUUCACUUGUAUGCCUCUUAUAGUCUUAUAUAUUGUGUUCAUUGAACUUGGUGUGACGUCGCCCCUAUAAUCCAAAACCGAAUUAUAUGAA